AUGACCACAAAUACCUCCACGGUGAUUGAGCUCAUUCUCAUCAGCUUUUCCCACCUGGCUACCUCCAAGGCUUGCUCCUUCUCUCUCACCAUCUACGUGCUCACUGUGGCCAGCAACCUCCUCAUUGUGGUGCUGGCCUCAGCUGAUGCCACCCUCCAGUCCCCCAUGUACUUCUUCCUUCCAGUCCUCUCAGCUCUGGAGACUGUCUACACGUCUGUCACCAUCCCCCUGCCCCACCACCUCCUCACUGGUCAGCACCAUAUCCCUCACUCUGGCUGUGUUCUCCAGACAUUCUUCUUUCUCUUCUUCAGUUCCACAGAGUGUUGUCUCCUGGCAGCCAUGGCCUAUGACCACUAUGCUGUCAUAUUCAAAACCCUGCACUACCCUAUGCUGCUGAGCCACCAGAUAUGCCUGUGCCCAGCUGGGUGGGCUUGGGCAUGUGGAGCAAUAGUGGGCCUGAGCUACACCUCCUUCAUCUUCUCCUUGACCUUCUGUGACCUCAGUACUAUCCCAUACUUCUGUGAGAUCCAGCCCAUCCUGCAGCUGGUAUGCAGAGACACCUCUCUCAGUGAACUGCAGAUUAUCCUGGCUCCUGCCUUAAUCAUCCUCUGCUCCCUAGGCCUCAUCCUGGGCUCCUACAGGCAUAUCCUGGCUACUAUCUCCCAAAUCCCAUCUGUUAGCAGCCGCCACAAGGUCUUCUCCACCUGCUCCUCCCAACUGGUGGUGGUCUCCCUCUUCUACGGCACUGCCAUCUUUAUCUACAUCUGCCCCAAGGUCAGCUACAAUCCCGCCACUGACCCUCUGCUGUCCCUCUUCUAUACCAUGGUCACCUCCAUCCUUAAUCCCAUCAUGCAGAGCCUUGAUAUCAAGGAUGCCCUAAAAAGAACCAUCCAGAAAACAGGGCUGGCAGGGAUUUAA